CUCUCAAAGCUGUGGCAUCAAUUUUACUCUUUGAAAUCCUUUUGGUCAUUUGUGUUGAUUGUUUAAUUAAAUCAUUUGCUUAGAUUUUGACUAAUUGGUUUAUGUUUAGUUCCUUCUUGAAGAGUCGCGCUUACCUAAUUUACCAUGUCCUCAGUGUCAGUGCCGAAACUCUAUCGCUCCGUAAUUGAGGAUGUUAUUAAUGGUGUUCGUGAUCUGUUCUUAGAUGAUGGGGUUGAUGAACAAGUUUUGAUCGAUUUGAAGCAAACUUGGUACAAAAAAGUCGAAGAAACAAAGGCUUUAAUUGAUGAGAAUAAUAAGGAUAAAGGAGCUUCAACGACCGGAGCAUCUUCCAAUUCUAAUUCUACAACUUUAAGCACAACUACAACCAUCACACCCGCAACUCGUCCUGUUACUGCAGCACAGUCACAGGUCACUCAAGUAAUUGCAUCGAAUCAACCUCGUCACAUUACCACAGGUAGCUCAGGUUUACCUACACAGACCUCAAUUACUCAAGUAAUUACUACAAAUCAGCCUCGUACACUUAACGCCGGUGGCUCAUCAUCUUAUUCUCAACCAGCGCAGAUCAGUCAAGUAAUACCCUCUAACCAGCCUCGUACACUUACUACAAUUGGCACGACAUUGCCCCAACAGACACAAAUUACUCCAGUAAUUGCUACGAAUCAAGCUCGUCACAUUACCACUGCUGGUGGCUCUGGUUUGCCGCAACAGCUUAGUUUUCCUUCUGGAAGUGUAAUUCCACACACGGUUCUACAAUUUCCCUCCGGAGAAAGAAUUGAUGGCUCUAAAUCAGUGCCUAGUGGUAAAGUUAUUUUUCUCAAUACACAAGCUUCUGGAUUAAUGAGCUCUUCUGCUACUACUGCUAGCCUUGCAUUGCCUCCUGAAUUGGCCUCUAGUUUACUUCAACAAGCUAAUAAUCCUAAUAAUAGCGGUGGCGUUAUCAAUAUUCAAUCAAUGCAGCCCCAAGAAUUAGUUGUCCGACACACAAGCAAUCCUACGAGUGUUAUUAAUGGCCCAACGACUAUCCAAUUUCAACCUGCUUCAGGUGAUCAGCGAGCGACAAGGCCUCCUCACCCAAACAGCUCGGGAGGAACCACUAAUGUGGUUCAAUUAGAUGGUCCUAAUGACAAUAGUAGUGAUGACGAUGAUGACGACGACGAAUUUCGUGACAAUGACGAUGACCAUGAAGAUGAUGACAAUGAUCAAAAUGAUGACGAAAAUGAGUAUACAGGCGAGGAGGAGGUAAGCGUUGAGCCAUUAAAUUCAGAGGAUGAUGUCAGUGAUGAAGAUCCACAUGAGCUAUUUGAUACUGAUAAUGUUGUUGUCUGUCAAUAUGACAAAAUCACCCGAAGUCGUAACAAAUGGAAGUUCCAUCUCAAAGACGGUAUUAUGAAUCUCCAAGGAAAAGAUUACGUAUUUCAGAAAGCUAUUGGUGAUGCUGAGUGGUGAUUAGUUAAUCACAAUUGGGAUGCAAAAUCUGUGUAAUCAUUCAAAAAUCCUGAAGGAUUGUCAACACAACUAAAACAAGAUUCAAUGUUUUAUGUGAGCCAAAUUCAUUUGAGUGAAAAAAAAGACAAUGUUCUACAUCAAUUUUGUUAAUAAUUGGCUCGUAUAAUUUCAAACUAAAAAAUUAAUCGUGAAAUACAGUUGCUUAUUUAAAUAUACUA